CCGCUUUUUCCAACCUCUUCUUUCAAGAUUUCUCGUUCGUUCGUUCGUCCGUGUCGGCCCCUUCCUCGUUUGAAUCGCGCUUUCUUGAAAGCCUCUCUCUCUCUCUCUCUGCCGCGACGAAACUCGUGCGCAGAAGGCCGAGCCCGAGGCCCCCACGCUCCCCCACGCGCCCGCUGUCUUGUCUUGUCUCUCUCUCCGACACUUUCGAUGCCACACUGCGGGACUGUGGAGCGAGGGGUGUACCCGUUCGCCUUUGUCGUGUAAUGGAAUCAUUGAUACCCUUUUGACAGUCCCGGACGUUGGGCCAGUCGUUGGCGAAACCCACCCCACCAAAAACCCUCAAUUCGAAGGGUUGCCCAAGAAUCUCCGGAGGCUCCGACCUCUUCGAGUAUUAUUCUUCAUCUGUCCAGGUUCUGGUUUUUGGGUACAAAAACAAUGGGAAGCUUAUCGGAUCACCAGUCCGAUGGCGAUACAGACAUUAGUGAUUCUGACAUGGCUGAUUAUGAAGAUAAAUCAUAUGAAGAGCUGAAGAGUGGCAAUCACCAGGUCAAAGUUUCAGAUGAGGCAUUUGCAUGCCCCUACUGUCCCAAAAAGAGAAAGCGAGAUUUCCAAUAUAAUGAACUGCUGCAGCAUGCUUCCGGGGUGGGCAAGAGUUCCUCGGAUAAGAGAAGUGCAAAAGAGAAGGCCAAUCACCUAGCUUUGGCAAAGUAUCUGGAAAAAGAUCUAUCGGACGUGGCCGGUCCUUCGAAACUUGUUGAUGAGGGUAAAGCUCCAAUUGGCUGUAGCCAUGAUGAUAAAUUUGUCUGGCCAUGGAAAGGAGUUGUCAUGAACAUUCCUACUAGACGGGUGGAAGAUGGGCGGUAUGUUGGCGAGAGUGGGUCCAAGUUGAGGGAUGAGCUGACCAGAAGAGGCUUCAAUCCUAUGAGGGUUCACCCGCUUUGGAAUUAUCGGGGUCACUCUGGAAGUGCAGUGGUGGAAUUCAACAAAGGUUGGCCUGGCUUGCACAAUGCCAUGUCAUUCGAGAAGGCUUACGAAGCAGACCGUCAUGGCCGCAAGGAUUGGUAUGCGGAGGGUACCCAAAAAAUUGGGCUUUAUGCAUGGGUUGCCCGUGCUGACGAUUAUAAUUCAAAUAGUAUUGUUGGGGAGCAUUUGCGCAAGAUUGGUGACCUGAAAACCAUUCCAGAGAUUAUGGAGGAAGAGGCUCGAAAGCAGGAUAGGCUUGUCUCUGAUUUGACAAACAUAAUAGAGGUGAAGAAUAAGUACAUGCAGGAGAUUGAAGAGAGGUGUAAUGAGACAUCAAAGUCUCUUAAAGUCAUAAUGACAGAGAAUGAUAAGCUUCAUCAAUCCUAUGACGAAGAAUUGAGAAAGAUACAGACGAGUGCACAUGAUCACUACCGGAGAAUUUUUAGUGAUCAUGAGAAGCUUAAGUUCCAACUAGAAUCCCUCAAAAAGGACCUAGAAGUGCGAGGACAGGACUUGGAGAAGCGUGAAGCGCACAAUGAGAUUGAGAGAAAGAAGCUAUUGGAAGAGAUUGCAGAGAAUGCCCAGAAAAACAGUUCACUUGAAUUGGCUGCUUUGGAGCAACAGAAAGUCGAUGAAAAAGUCCUAAAACUGGCUGAAGAUCAGAAGAGGCAAAAAGAGGAACUUCAUAAUCGAAUAAUUCAACUAGAAAAGCAGCUUGAUGCAAAACAAGCCCUGGAAUUGGAAAUUGAACAAUUGAGAGGGUCAGUAAAUGUCAUGAAGCACAUGGAAGACGAGGAUGAUGCUGAAAUAUUGAAAAAAGUAGAUGUUUUGCUGUCGGAUCUGAGGGAAAAGGAAGGGAAUCUUGAGGAUCUAGAAGCACUGAAUCAAACUCUCAUAGUAAAGGAACGUAACAGCAAUGAUGAGGUUCAAGAUGCUCGCAAAGAAUUGAUCAACGUGCUAAAAGACAUGUUUAGUGGUUCCAAGGCACACAUUGGCGUGAAGAGAAUGGGAGAACUUGACAAUGAACCAUUCCUCGAAGCGAUGAAGUUGAAGUAUAAUGAAGAAGAAGCAGAGGAAAAAUCGUCAGAGCUCUGCUCGCUGUGGGAGGAAUAUUUGAGAGAUCCAGACUGGCAUCCCUUCAGAGUUAUCGAGGUUGAGGGGAAGCAUCAGGAAAUAAUUGAUGAUCAAGAUGAGAAGUUGAAUACUCUAAAGAGAGAAAUGGGUGAUAAAGUGUACCGGGCAGUCACGGCAGCACUCAUGGAGGUGAAUGAGUACAAUCCUAGCGGAAGAUACAUAAUUUCGGAGCUAUGGAACUAUAAAGAGCGGAGAAAAGCUUCGCUCAAAGAAGGAAUUGAUUUCCUUCUGACGCAGUGGAACGCACCUAAACCCAAGAGGGGAAUGUCUUGAAGGACUGCAAAAUAAGAGGGUGGCGAGACGAGGCAAUUCCUGUGAAGCUGCAAUGUCUCGCCAGAGGAUUGAUUUUUCCAUAACGGGUGACUGGCAAUGCAUGUUCCGAAUAAGCUUUAUCAAGCACUGAAGCUAAGUGAAUGAUUUGUACCGGGGAGGCUUAACUAACUGUGUAUGUACGAGGAUUCAGUCUUGUACUUAAUUGCCUAACUGAUCUCUUUUCCUAA